UAGAUCAUUCCACUGUGAACCAGACCUCCUUCACGGAGUAACAAUUGUAGUGAUCACAUGUCCUGAUCAGUAUUUAACCACCAGUUUUAUUUUUACAAAUCAAUCAAUAAGCAUGUUUGACAAGGAUCAAGGUACAAAGCCUGUUGUGGCGCAGCUGUAAAUUAGAGGAGGGACUUUUCAGAGUAGACAUUCUUCAACUUCACCAGGUCCUUAAAGUCAGGAGAGAAGACACCGUCCCCACUCGCCUUCCUGUGCCUCAAGUUCUGACUGUCUUCAAAGGAAACUUUGGACAAACCUGGAAGGGUUGACUGCACAAGUUUGGAGUUCUGCUGCUGACCAGUUUUGUACCUGACAGCUGUCAAUCUUCACUGUCAAGGGUUGACUGCACAAGUUUGGAGUUCUGCUGCUGACCAGUUUUGUACCUGACAGCUGUCAAUCUUCACUGUCAAGACCACGAUGUCCCUUCCUGUGUGGAUACUGAAGCCGCUGGUCACCCGUUUCGUCAUUCAAAGCUGGAGAAUCGUUUUCGUGGUUUACGGAGUUCAUGCCAUCAGGCGUGCUGUUUCAGCAGACGAAAAAUACAAAAACAAUUCGUGGGUCCUUCCUUUUACCUUCAUAGUGACGUUGAUCCUUGAGUUUUUGCUAUACAUCAGUGGAGUUUACAUCGGAACGGACAUGUGGUUUUUCAAAGCCACCGUUUCAAAAGUUCUUGAACUCUUGCUGUCGUUGGUCGGUCUGGCGACCUUUCACGUGAUGAUUGGUCAGGUUCGCGCCAUGAUAUCUGUUGGCGAGAGGUUGUUUGUACACAUUGUGGUGCACAACUGUUUGUUGUUUACUGUUGGUUGGGUUUCCAUGGAGAUGGUGGUACAGCUCGCUGUGGCGCUGGAGAAACUUCAGGAUGUACCGUCUGAUGGACUUUGGACCAUGAUGCUGUUCGGCACCGCCACUCACACAGUGAUAUGGACUUAUAUCGAAAUCGUGAGAUUUCGCGAGGUAUUUCGAGUCGCCGUCACAACACACGUGUCUGUUAUAAUGUUCAUCGCCUGGACAUUACCAACUAUUCCUGAGGGUGUUUUUCUGCACACGGCACAUGUUAUACUCUUGGUAACAGCUGUCAUCUUGGUCGCUCGACUCGUCAAAGCUAUCACACAAAUCAAAGACUUCACAACAGUGGCCCUCGGCUCGCACCCGAAAGGAAUGGUCAAGUCUCAGAGAGAGAUAUCACACCUAGCGAUGUAUACCAAAACUACAUGACUUCAUUUUAGGUUUAAGUG